AGAUAUGUCUUCAUCAGUGCAACUCUUCAGAGAUCAGAAGUACCAUGAACUGAAAAGUCAGUGUAUUCAGCAGAGACGACUCUUCGAAGAUCCCAAAUUCCCAGCCUCAGAUGAGUCCCUUUUCUACCAGUCAGCAUCACGAAGGAAAGUUGAAUGGAAGCGCCCAAAGGACCUCUGUGAAGACCCGCACCUCUUUGUGAACGGAAUCAGCUCCCAUGAUUUACACCAAGGCACCCUGGGGAACUGCUGGUUUGUGGCUGCAUGCUCCUGCUUGGCUCUGAGGAAGAGCCUCUGGCAGCAGGUGAUUCCAGAUUUUAACGAACAAGAAUGGGACCCAAAAAACCCAGAGAAAUAUGCUGGGAUUUUCCGUUUCCGUUUCUGGUGCUUUGGAGAAUGGACAGAGGUGGUGGUUGAUGAUCUGCUGCCAACGAUGGACGGGAAGUUGAUCUACUGCCAUUCCAAUGUGAAAAAUGAAUUCUGGAGUGCAUUGUUGGAGAAAGCUUAUGCAAAGCUGGCUGGAUCUUAUGAAGCGCUGGAUGGAGGCAGCGCUGCAGAUGCAAUUGUGGAUUUUACUGGAGCAGUGGCAGAAUCUAUUGAUUUGGUACAGGGCAAAUAUGGUGAGAUUAUUUCUGAGCAGAUGAAGCUGUUUGAAGACUUGCUGAAGGUGCAUAAAAGAGGCGGGUUGAUCAGCUGCUACAUUGCGGCUUCCUCUGGCAGUGCCAGUGAAGUGGAGACAAAGAUGGGUCUUGUCAUCGGCCAUGCCUACUCAGUGACUGCAAUUCGGAAGCUGCGCCUUGGAGAGAGGCUCAUAUUCUCUUUUAAGGCAGAAAAGCUGUUUAUGAUCAGGCUGAGGAAUCCCUGGGGAAAAAGAGAGUGGAGUGGUGCAUGGAGUGAUAGUUCCGAGGAGUGGAAAAAAGUCAGCAAUUCAGAACGUAAGCGCUUGGGACUCACUCUUGAGAAUGACGGAGAGUUCUGGAUGACAUUUGAGGACUGGUGUAAGAAUUUCACUGAUGUGGACAUCUGCCGGAUUGUGAAUACCUCCUACUUCAGCAUCCACAAGACCUGGGAGAAGAAGAUGAUGCAUGGGGCUUGGGCAAAGAAUUCAGAACCCCUGCUAAAUCGCUCUGGUGGAUGCUUUGAUAACAAAGAGACCUUCCUUCAGAAUCCCCAGUACAUCUUUGAUGUUAAGAAGACUGAGGACAAAGUACUGGUCUCCUUACAACAGGAGGAUCGCCGCAAAUACAAGAAAGAAGGGAAAGGAGACAGCAUCCCCAUUGGCUUUGAAAUAUUCAAGGUGGAGGAUAACAGAAGCUAUCGACUACACAAGCUCACUGUGCAGGAGAGAGUGGCCACGUCUCCGUACAUCAACAUGCGCACUGUGUUCUUGAGGAGGAUCCUCAAGCAAGGCCGCUAUGUCCUUAUCCCAACUACCUAUCAUCCUGGCAUCACUACAAAGUUUAUACUGAGGCUCUUCACAGAUGUGCCAUCAAAACUCAGGGAGCUGAAGGCAGAUAAGCCUAAAAUGACAUGUUGGAGUCUUCUCUGUGGCUAUCCGCGCAGAGUCACCCAAAUCAAAAUUCACUCUGCAGAGGGCUUACAGAAGCAAGACAGAUCAGGCGGAGCAGAUCCCUAUGUGCUUAUCAAGUGUGAGAACCAGAAGGUGCGUUCCCCUGUGCAACAUAAUACCACCAGUGCCGUCUUCAACACACAGACGAUUUUCUACAGGAAGAACAUCGACAGCCCUAUCAUUGUCCAGGUCUGGAACAGCAACAUCUUGUGUGACCAGUUCCUUGGGCAGGCGGUGCUGGCAGCUUCACCCAGUGACCCCAGAGAAGAGCAGACGCUGCAGCUCCGAGGGAGAGGCAGGCGGGCAGCAGCCGAUGUGCCAGGUCGCAUCACCAUCAAGGUUUUUUCCAGCGAUGACCUUGUGGAACUAUGAAUACCAAAGCCCUGCAGAGCCAGAGCGAGCUGUCACUUCGCAGCAGGGGGGCUUGUCUGUGCUUUCUGUGUGAAUGACUCGGGAGCAAAGGUUGCACAUAAUCAUAAUCGCUUUAAAAAGGAAAGAAACCCUCUAACUCUCCACAUUAUCAUGGGUAAUGGGGUUGAGGGGCUUUUAAAGAGGGAAAAAUACAUUUUUAUACAUAUAUAUGUUCAUGAUACAGCAAAUACAGUAGAAGAGGGGCCAAAGUAAACGUUAGCUCAUUAAGAUGUGACCGUCUUCCCCAGCAGCAUCUUUCAGGAACUCUUGGCACAUAAGCUGGAAGCACAUGUGACCGUUCUCACACAUUCCCAGCACACUGUCAUCUGUUCUCAGCAGUGGGACUGGAGGAAGGCAGGAAUGGCUGCAUCUCCAUGGUCAUGUAGCAUGACCAUGACAGGUUGGUGGGGUGGCAAGGACAAGGUGGAUUGGCAUCGCUCAGUCCCUGUUCACUGCCAGGCUGUAUUUGGGAAGGGAAUUUUUAAGCUUUGAUUGGAUUUUUUUUCCCCUGUACAGGGAUAUAAAAUUUCUGUUAUUGCUAUGGA